UUCAGGACUGUCCGGUUGUUCAGGACUGUGCGGUUGUGCAGCAGUGACUGGUUGAAACAGUCUGAACCUGCAUGGUAACUGAAAAUAUGAGAAAUCAACAAGGUUACUGUCUGACGUGUUCAUGAUUCCAACUUCACAUGAACUCUCAGCUUUAUUUAGAAUCUGAACACUUUCGCGUGACUUAUUUCUGACUUGUUCUCUUUGUGAAAUAAUAGCUUUAAUAACUGCACACAUAUCUCAGCUGUCGCACCCUAAAUCCUCCUCUCACUCGAUCCAAGUCCGCACCCAGAGGUCACAUGACACAGAUGACACACAUCCAGGUGCACGCAGUAGCCUCGGUUCUGGUGCAUACACACCAAAUUACGCAUGCACACGUUUUCUAAGGCACACGCUGUAUUGUGCAUGCAGAUAAGAAAGUAGGAACGCACAAAUCUGGUAUGUCUGCGCACGCAAUUAUGCACGGAUGUGCGAGUGCACACACGCAAAUGUAGGCGUGUUCGGGCAAACCCCCCAGCACAUUCCAAGACCAGGAAGUCUGUCGAAAAUUAAACCUCACUUAAAAAAAAAUCAGUGGAAUUUUGCCAGUACAUGACAAAUCACAGACACAGCCUCACGAUCAAAACAAAAAGUCUCGCGUGCUUCAGGAAACGGGGCAGAGGAAUUGAACUUAUAUUGUGCGCGCGGCUUCAUUAUUCACGGACAGCUGCACGCGCCUCGGUUCUUCCUGUCGGGAUCGGGAUUCCCACGCAGGGUGUUGUUGAUCCUGAGUGUUUCGUCCUCCGAGGAGCGUUUUCUGCAGCUUACCGUGGAUCCUCGCAGCCAUGUCGUCCUCCGGGGAGCUUUAUCUGCUUUACCACGACCUCCUGUGUCCCAAAGAGACGCACAGCGCGCAGAGCCUGAAGUUUGCUCAGGAGUUCAGCUUCAAAGACGACGAUGUUGUUGCUGUCACAUACCCAAAGUCAGGGACAAUCUGGAUGCAGGAGAUCCUCCCACUGCUGCUGAAUGGAGGGGAUCUGACCCCGAUCCAUACCAUCCCCAACUGGGAUCGGGUCCCUUGGUUGGAAGAGAAAAGACUGGAAGUGGUUGUGGAUCAGCUGAAGUCUCCUCGGGCCUUCGUCACACAUUUUCCCUACAAUCUCAUGCCUCCUUCUUUCCACACCUCUAAAGCCAAGGCAAUCUAUGUCAUGAGAGACCCACGGGACGUUCUGGUGUCUUCGUAUUACUUCCACCAAAUGGCCGAAUUUCUUGAGGAACCAGGAACAUUUGAUGAAUUUAUUGGCAAAUUUCUGGAGGGCAAAGUACUUUUUGGGAAGUGGACCGAUCAUGUGAAGAGUUGGAUGCACACAGAGCUGGGAGACAGAAUAAUGCACAUUACUUAUGAGGAAAUGGUUCAGGACCUGCCUGCAGCUCUCAGGCGCAUGGCAGAUUUCCUGGGCCGUAAUCUGGACCCUGAAACCAUUCAGAAGAUUGCAGAGCAAUGCUCUUUCCAGACCAUGAAGAAGAACACAAUGUCCAACUUCAGCCUGGUUCCCAAGGCUUACAUGGAUAACGACAAGUCUCCAUUUCUUCGUAAAGGUCAUGCUGGAGACUGGAGAAAUCACUUCAGCUCAGAGCAACUGGCCCGAUUCACAUCUGUGAUUCACAAAGAGCUGGAGGGUGAGGGCUGCUCUCUGCCCUGGAGCCUGGACACAACUGGAGGGAACGGAUGUUGAAAAUGAAGGAAUGGAGUCCCAUUAGAUGCAGAAAUUGUAACUGAUUGGGUCUCAGAUUUCAGAGUGUGUCUUUAUCAUGAUUCGGUAUUUAUGUAAUUGAACUUGAACUUGAUUGAUUGUUAAUGUUUAUGAUCUGGUCCCA